GAAACGUUUCGCCUCCGGUUUGCCUCUGUAGUUUCUCUAUCGCAGUUUUUACUUUACUAAUACAUUAAAACAAAAAGAACUGACCUUACUUAGAAAAAAAAAUGUCCAACAGCAUACCCAUCAAGAUCAAACAUGCUGGUAAAGUGUACCCUAUCGAUGUUGACUUAAAUGAAUCAGGGCUAACAUUGAAGAUGCAGGUGUCAUCCCUGACCAAUGUUCCACCGGAGAGACAAAAGAUCCUUGUUCGUGGCGGUCCACUAAAAGAUGAUGCUGAGCUGAGCAAAGUUGGUUUGAAACCCAAUCAGGCGGUCAUGGUUUUAGGUACACCACUGGAGGAGGUGCUCAAGAAGGAGGAUGUGAGCAAUGUUCAAUUUAUCGAAGACAGAGCUAAGGAGAGUGGUGCUCUUGUCAAUGCUGAUCUACUCAAUGCGCCGUCAGGAUUGAGCAACCUGGGCAACACGUGCUAUCUAAACUCGAGUAUCCAGUUGUUGCAUACCAUUACCGAACUGAGAGACCAGUUGAGCAAUACUGAGUUUGGUACGGUUGUUCAAGACUCCGAGCUUUUAUUGGUCGCUAACGUCAAGGCGCUUUUCAAGAGAAUGGAUUCCGGCAAUGAGAAAAAAGUUGUCCCGUUGAAUAUGCUUGCGUCUGCUAGAAAUGCAUUUCCUCAAUUUCAAGAGACAACCCCCGAGGGAUUUCACAAGCAGCAGGAUGCUGAAGAAGCAUACUCUCAAAUUUUGAGUGCUGUGUUGAACAAAUUCCCUAAUCUAAAGAAAUACCUCGAUAUCGAGUUGAAGACUGAGACUAGAUGUUUGGAGGAUGCCAGCGAAGAAGUUCAGUACGGUUUUGAGGAGUCUUUGAAGCUGAAUUGCCACAUUAACAGUCAUGUUAACUUUCUAAUGGAUGGGCUCAAAAACGGUUUGAAGGAAACCAUUGAAAAGCACAGUGACAAUUUGAACAGGAAUGCCAAGUAUGAGAUUACCAGGAAAAUCGUUAGGCUUCCAAAGUACUUGACUGUUCAUUUUGUUAGAUUCUACUGGAAAAGGGAGACCAACAAGAAGGCCAAGAUCAUGCGGAAGGUCCAAUUCCCAUUCCAGUUGGAUGUGACGGAUUUAGUCGACUCAAAUGAAAGAGAAAACCUGAUCAAGGCCAGAGACGCCAUAUCUCAGGUUGAGAAAGAAAACGAGGAGGAAUAUAGACAGUUAAAGAGGUUCAAGCCUAGCCAAGAAUUGACUACGAGGGAACAGUAUGAAAAGCAAAACGAAGAGAUGAAGAAGAUGAGGACAAAAUGCCACGACAAGUUUAAUGAGAUGCUAAAGAACCUUAACGGCGGGUAUAAGGAGGGAGAAAAUCCUUCUAGCUUGUAUGAGCUUGGCGGAAUAAUCGCUCAUCAAGGUGCUAGUGCUGACUCCGGACACUAUCAAGCUUUCAUCAGGGACGAAGAGGAUUUGACUGGCGAAAGAUGGUACAAGUUCAACGACGACAUUGUGACAGUGGUCAGCAAGGAGAAAAUCGCAGCAUUAGCCGGAGGCAGUGAAGGAGACUCUGCCCUAGUUUUGAUCUACAAGGGCGUGGGGGUCUGAGUGGGGGUCUGAGUGGUGGUCGAGAAAGGCAGCUAAUCUAUUAGAAAUAUUCUAUAUAUUACUGGAAAGCAGAUAGUAUAUCGGUUUGUUUGUGUGUAUGUGUGUAUGACU